AAUCCAAUUUGUUUUUGGUCUUUUAAAUCUUGACGAAGAUCAGACACUGUCCGUUAGGUAAUAACAAUUAUGCAACAAAGUCCAUUUUAGUCCUUGUGUUGUGCCGGCCACCUCGUUUUCAGACACGACCGACCCACUUCUUCUGAUUCCUGUUCCUCCGACCACCAUUGACUUUGGCCCAUGGGCAACUGCAGCAGCAGCACCAGCGUCGGCGGCGCCGCCACAUACUCCGGCGAGCCUUCCCACAGCAACGGUCUCACCGUCCUCCCUCCCAACUCCAAUCCCUCACCCUCUCCCCCACUCCCCAGACAACCCCUCUCCGCCGCCGUUGGCCGCGUCCUCGGCCGUCCCAUGGAGGACGUUCGUUCCAUCUACAUCUUCGGCCGCGAACUUGGCCGUGGCCAAUUCGGCGUCACCUACUUGGUGACCCACAAAGUGACGAAGGAGCAAUUCGCGUGCAAAUCAAUCGCCACGCGCAAACUGAUAAACCGCGACGACAUCGAGGACAUUCGGCGCGAGGUACAGAUCAUGCACCACCUCACCGGCCACCGCAACAUUGUGGAGCUGAAGGGUGCUUACGAGGACCGCCACUCCGUGAACCUGAUCAUGGAGCUCUGCGGUGGUGGCGAGCUUUUCGACAGGAUCAUUACGAAGGGCCACUACUCGGAGCGUGCCGCCGCUAACUUGUGCCGGCAGAUCGUGACGGUGGUUCAUAACUGUCACACCAUGGGAGUGAUGCAUAGGGACUUGAAGCCUGAGAAUUUCUUGUUUCUCAGUAAGGACGAGAGUUCGCCUCUCAAGGCCACAGAUUUUGGUCUCUCAGUGUUUUUUAAGCCAGGAGAUGUAUUUAAAGAUCUUGUUGGGAGUGCCUAUUAUGUUGCUCCUGAGGUGCUGCGUAGAAGUUAUGGUCCCGAAGCUGAUAUUUGGAGUGCUGGUGUUAUCUUAUACAUUCUACUUUCUGGUGUCCCACCCUUCUGGGCAGGUAAAACUCCUUCCUUCGUAUGCAUUAUAUGUAUCUUUGAUGCUAUUCUUCGUGGACAUAUUGAUUUCACAUCCGAUCCUUGGCCUUCCAUAUCAAGUAGUGCCAAAGAUCUAGUCAAGAAGAUGCUACGAGCUGACCCUAAGGAACGCCUUUCAGCAGUUGAAGUACUUAAUCAUCCUUGGAUGAGAGUAGAUGGAGAUGCAUCUGAUAAGCCGCUUGAUAUUGCUGUUUUGAGCAGAAUGAAACAAUUCCGGGCAAUGAACAAGCUAAAGAAAGUAGCUCUAAAGGUUAUAGCUGAAAAUCUUUCUGAAGAGGAAAUUAUUGGCUUGAAGGAAAUGUUCAAAUCCAUGGAUACUGAUAAUAGUGGAACAAUCACUUUUGAAGAGUUGAAAGCUGGUCUCCCCAAACUGGGUAGCAAACUUUCUGAGUCUGAAGUAAGGCAGUUGAUGGAGGCGGCCGAUGUAGAUGGAAAUGGAACCAUUGAUUAUAUUGAAUUUAUAACUGCUACCAUGCAUAUGAAUAGAAUGGAAAGAGAGGAUCACCUAUAUACAGCCUUUGAAUAUUUUGACAAGGAUAAGAGCGGGUACAUCACAACGGAAGAGUUGGAAUUUGCCCUUAAGAAGUAUAAUAUGGGUGAUGAGAAAACAAUAAAGGAGAUCAUUGCCGAAGUUGAUACAGACAAUGAUGCAAAAAUUAACUAUGAUGAGUUUGUAGCCAUGAUGAGGAAAGGCAACCCAGAAAUAACCCACAGACGUCGCAAAUAAGCUCCACAUAAAUUGCUUGUUUUUUUUUUGGUUCAGAGGCUCUACACGUUUUAUUGAUUCGGACUAUAUUUCAUUCAUCACAGUUUACUCGCCUGUUGUUUCAGGAGAGCUCUUUCUGUAACGAAAGUUUUUCUGCGUUGUCUUUUGCAUGCUGAGAUUGGGCAUUUUCAUGAUAUUUAUGGGUCUAGUUGGACAAGUUUAUGUCUACUGCUUGAGUAGACAUUAUUAAUAUGUACAAAUCUUAGAAAAACAGAUCAACCCCUUUUUCCCCAGUGAGGUAAAAAGAAAGUGAGAUCUUAUUCUUGCUGGCUAUUGGUUUAAUGCGGUUUUGUAAUUAUAUUGAUUGUUCCUUAAUUCACUAGUGUGUCAAUCGUGACAUUUAGUGUGUGGGAAUAUGGAUAUGCAAAGAUGGUAUUCUGGCUACUGUGGUAUGGUACAUA